UGUGAAUGUUGUAAAGUUUCUGGGUUUAAGGCUUUUAAGCUGCUGAGAAGGAGAAUACCUCAAAAAAAAUGGAAUCGAAAGCUAUUUGCUUAGGGUUUCUUCCGCCAAGACUUCAACUUUCAUCUCGAGUUUCACUCUCCCGUCCUCCUGGUUCUUCCACAUCUCCCAAAACUGAUGUCAGACAAACACUUGUCUGGAACAAACCAAAAGGUGGAGUUUACUUGAACCGAGGCCGUGUCCUAUGUUCUUCUCAACCUGAUGGUUAUGCUCCUCGAGCUGAGCUGUUCCGUGGGAAGUCUGGUUCGGUUUCUUUCAACGGCCUAAGCCACCAGCUGGUUGAAGAAAGUAAACUUGUCUCAGCUCCGUUUCAAGAAGAAGACAAAGGUUCCUUCUUGUGGGUUCUGGCUCCUGCUGUCUUGAUAUCCUCACUGAUUCUUCCACAGUUCUUUCUCAGUGGUGCCAUUGAAGCUACCUUUAAAAACGACACCGUUGCAGAGAUUGUUACUUCUUUCUGCUUUGAGACGGCGUUUUAUGCUGGUCUGGCGAUAUUCCUGUCUGUGACUGACCGAGUGCAGAGGCCAUACUUAGACUUCAGCUCCAAGAGAUGGGGUCUCAUCACUGGACUCAGAGGAUACCUUAUGUCCACAUUUCUGAUGAUGGGUUUGAAAGUUGUAGUCCCUGUGUUUGCUGUAUACAUGACUUGGCCAGCUCUUGGAAUGGAUGCCUUGAUUGCAGUCCUUCCGUUCUUGGUUGGAUGUGCGGUUCAACGAGGUUUCGAGGCUCAGCUUGAAAGACGUGGCUCGUCCUGUUGGCCCAUUGUUCCAAUAGUCUUUGAGGUGUAUAGGCUGUAUCAGGUGACAAGAGCAGCCACUUUUGUUCAGAGGCUUAUGUUUAUGAUGAAAGAUGCGUCAACGACCGUAGAGAUUACAGAGCGAGGAGUUGCGCUGGUUGGUUUGGUUGUGACUUUGCAGUUUCUAGCUGUUCUGUGUCUCUGGUCGCUGAUCACUUUUCUAAUGAGACUCUUUCCUUCGAGACCAGUAGCUGAAAACUACUGAAUCAAUAGUGUUAGUGAAAGCCAUUGAGCUUUGAUUUUCUGUGUUUAUUUCAGAGGAUUAAUGGGUUGUAUUGAGUCAGAAAUUGCAAUGUAGGACAGUUUUUGAGAGUUGAUUGAUCACGUGGGAUGAACUUGGCUGCAACUGUCAUAAGAAUCAUCUUCUGAACUUCAAAUCUUGAUGAGAUCUUGAAAAAGGAAAUGAAUGAGA